AUGAAUUAACAAUUUAGUGUGGAGUAUUUGGGAAUUAAAUCCACUCGUUACAAUAGAUUGCCCAAUCUAAACAAUAAUCCUUAUUUAAAGUACACAGAGAGUAUUAACUUAGUCUCUCUUAAGAAUUGCGCAUUUCAAGAACCAAAAAGAAUUUGCCUUAACCUAAAUUGGUAUUCCAUUCUAACUAUAUUCAUCCUAGCUUGCCCUCUCCAAUAAGAAAGAUGAUUCUCACAAUUAUUACAAUCAUACUACUAUCUAUAAUGUCAAAGAAAAUAAAGAUAUUUCCAAACCCUCUAUGUACUACUACUAUUAUCAAUCUAUAGUAAUUAACAAUUAAGUUUUGCCAAAUAUAAUGAACUAUAAACAAAACUUUUAGUUUCUGAUUUCAAAAAGAAAGUUGAUGCCUUCCUUAAAAAAAACAAUUAAAAUUACAAAACUCAUUUGAUUAGCAAUAAAAUAACUUCUUCCUUAAAAGAAUUGUAAUCGCUCCAUUAAAUUAAAAAUGAAGAAUUAUUGAACUAAUCUUUAUGUUCUAACAAAUACACUGUCAAAACUGAAAGUAUUCCUUCUAAUUUAAUUAUCUUAGAAAAAUCUAUGAAAGCUAUGGAAAUAUUUAUUCUAGGAAAUAAUAAACUUGUUACUAAAUAAGUUAUUUCAAGUGAACUUAUUUAACAUAGAUUAUUAAAAUAAAUGGAAAACUUUUUAAAAGAUGACAGAUUCAAUUAUGAUUUGAAGUAUAUUUUUUCACUUAUCUAGAAUGACUACUAUGAUUGAAUAAUAUUCUGAAAUUGUCAAUAGAAUUAAUGAAAAAGCAUUUACUAUUAAAAUUCCAGAAAAGUAUGUCAUUCAAAUGAGUGAUUACAACGAAUAUUAUUAAAUUAAAGAAGAUUAAACUGAUAACAUUCUUUAAAAUAAAUUAGAAAUUAUAGCUGAUUAAAUUAUUUAAGAAAUUUAAUAAUCUAAAAGAACAACACCAAAAAUUUUGAGUCAUAAAACCAGUGAUAUUUAUGAACCAAUUGCUUAAUAAACCCUAACCGAAAUUGAAAAGGUUAUCUAAACUGAACCAACUAUUAUUCAUUAAUAAUAAGAAUUUAUUUUGUAAGAAACUAUUCCUUUAUAAUAAAUCAUACCUGAUAGAAAGAUUUCAAAUAAAAAAAGUAGAUAAAGAAAGAAAAAUCAACAAAAUAAAAAUGAAAUAAAUCAAUCACAAUAAUCUAGUAUUUCAGAAAUUAUGGAUUCAUCUUUAAAAAAUUCAACUAUUAAAGAUAAUGAUGAUACUAGAAGGAAAAAAAAGGAAAAAUCUAAAAUUAUUGAUUAAGCUAAAAUUGAAGAAGAAGAAUAAGAUCUUAUACAAAAAGAAAUUGAAAAAUAAAAAAAAUAUCUGUUAAUGAAAAAACUUAGAGAAUUCAAUCAAAAAUUCAAACCUAACAUUUUGUCAAGAACUUAAUCAGAAAAUAUAAUUAAUUUAUAAAUUUAAGAACCAAUUAUUUCAACCAAACCAAACAAAAAAAUUAUCAAAACUCUAAGUAUUGGAUAAAAAAAUGAUGAUAUAAAUUUGAAAGAGAUAAAUGAAAUCAUUAGAAUCAAAAGAAAAUAAUUAUAUGAAUAUUCAUAAGAAUUGCUUCGAUUGGAAAAAGAAUAAUAACAAACUAUUGAGAAUUUUAUCUAAAAUAAGAAUAAUGGCUCAUAAAAACCUUUAAAUUUGAUUGUAAAUGGUAAACCUAUAAGUGAAUUAAAAGAAGCUGCUGAAUUUUGGGAUUCUAAAAAAAAUUCUCCAAGGUCUUACACAAAGAAAAGAUAAAAUAUUAAUAAUUCAAAUUUACCGGAUUAAGUUUUGUAAGGAUAACAAUAAGAAAUAAAUGAUAAUGAAUAAAAAAAUAAAUAAAUAGAAGGAAGAGACUAAAAACUUUAAUCUAAUAAAAAUUUAGAAGAACAUAAUCCUGAUAACAAAUUUAAUUAUCAAUAAGUGAUUCAUGAAAAAAUUUUAAGUUUUGAAGAAAAAUUAAAAUAAUAAAUUCAAGAUAUUUUCGAUAUUUUAUUAGCCUCCGAUUCAGUUUAUAAUGUUAAAAUUGAUGAUUACAAAAUUGGAAAACCUUAUAAAAUUUAAAUCAAUCAUCCUAAUUUCAUAUUCUAGCAAGAAUAGGAUGAAAUAGUUUUUACUCAUUAGUAAUAAUAAUUAUAAAUUUAGGGUUUUAUGGAGAAGAGAAAUAUAAGAAGUGAUUCCUAAACUUAAUUCUGUUAACAAAUUGCUAUCAGUUUAACUCGAUUCUGAAGAUGAAUAUAUUUAAGAAAAUUUAUAAGUAAUAACUGAAGAGAAAGGCGCUGAUGAUGAAGAUGAUGAUAAUGAAGAUUCUCAAAUUUGA